AUGAACAACUUUUUUUACAGAGUUUUUAUGCGCAAUGGUCUUCAUACAUUAUUUCCAAAUAUUUAUACAAUAUUGAAACGAGCUUUGACCUUGCCAGUUGGAAGUGUAUCAACUGAAAGGAAUUUCUCAAAGUUGAAGCUCAUUAAAACAAGACUACGAUCUGCAAUGGGAAAUGAUCGGUUAGAGGGACUAAUGAUUAUGUCCUGUGAAAAUGACAUAAACUUCAUUUAUGAAGAAGUUAUUGAACAUUUUGGUAAAACCAGUCCAUAUUUAUUUAGAGCAUUACAUUAA